GCUCCGCUUGCAGCAGCCGCGACAACUCGGCGGAAAGGGACCCCUCCGGCCUGGUCAGGACCGCCCCCGCCGCCGGCAUCAUGAAGGAUGGGUCCCGCCAGCGUCCCUUGCAGCACAAGAAGAAGACAGUCUCCUUCAGCACCAUGCCCAGCAACCGCAAACUCAGCAGCACAGCUGCCUGCAUUUCCUUCAUGCUGGAGGGCUGUGAGAUGAAGAAGGUGCGCUCUAACUCCCGCAUGUACAGUCGGUUCUUUGUCUUGGACCCAGACUUGCGCUUCAUGCACUGGGAACCUUCCAAGAAGGACUCGGAAAAAGCCAAGAUUGAGAUCAAGUCGAUCAAGGAAGUGCGCGUAGGGAAGAAGACCCCCGUGCUGCGCUCCAACGGCCUCUCAGACCAGUUCCCAGAUGAAUGCGCCUUCUCCAUCAUCUAUGGAGACAACUACGAGUCCUUGGAUCUGGUGGCAAGCUCUCCGGAUGUGGUGAAUGCUUGGGUGAUGGGGUUGAGGUAUCUGGCCUCCUAUGGCAAGCACACUCUGGAAGGGGCCCCUGAGACCGGGCACCCCAAUCCCCGCACCUCCUGGAUUUCAUCUGUCUUUGACAUUGCAGACCUGGAGAAAGAAGGCCAGAUCCCUGUUUCUCGGGCUGUCCAGCUUAUUCGGGCCCUUAACCCAGGUAUGAAGGCGUCAACGAUUGAACUGAAGUUCAAAGAGCUUCAGAAAGCAGCCAGUGAGCGGGUUGGGGAAGAAGUGAGCUGUGAGGUCUUUGUGGAGGCUUACUGUGAGCUUUGCACCAGGCCGGAGGUGUUCUUCCUUUUGGUCCAGUUUUCCAGCAAUAAAGAAUUCAUGACCGUGAAGGACCUGAUGAGCUUUCUAGAGGCAGAGCAAGGCAUGGAAGGGGUGGUGGAACAGAUGUGCCUGGAGAUUGUGAGCAAAUAUGAGCCAUCUAAGGAGGGCCGGGAAAAGGGGUACUUAGCUAUUGACGGCUUCACUCGCUACCUCCUCUCAGCGGACUGCGACAUAUUUGACCCCCAACACCGCAAGGUCUGUCAGGACAUGAGCCAGCCACUGUCCCACUACUAUAUUAGUUCUGCGCAUGGAGCAUGUCUGGCAGAGGACAGUUGCUUCUGGGGGGGCUCCACCUCAGACAUUGGCGGCUAUGUGGCAGCACUCAAGGCUGGCUGCCGUAGCCUGGAACUGGUGGUGUGUGAUGGCUCCUCUGGAGAACCAGUGGUUGGGGCCGGGAGCCGUUUGGCCUUCUCCAGAGUGGUGAGUGCUGUGGCAGAACACGCCUUUGAGGCCUCCGAGUUUCCCCUCAUCCUGUGCCUGUCCGUGCGCUGCUGUGUCGCCCAGCAGAGGCUUGUGGCUGAAUAUCUGAGGAAGACCUUUGGAGACAAGCUUUACUUGACAUCCCCAAACCCAAACAAGGUCUAUCUCCCUUCUCCUGAAAGGCUCAAGGGCUGCGUCCUGAUUAAAGGCCGGAAGCUGCUCCCGAGCUGCCAGUCAAGUGAGGGAGAGGUGUCUGAUGAAGAGGAGGCCUUGGAGCUUGGCUUGCCCCACAGCGAGGAGCACCGGGAGCAGCCCCGUUGCCGGCGAGUCUUGUGUCGUGAACUCUCCGACCUGGUGAGCUUAUGCCAGACAGUCUCCUUCCAGGGUUUUGAGGCGUCUCGGCGAAGCCAGUGCUACUGGGAGGUUUGCUCCUUCAGUGAGGUAGAGGCUGGACGCUAUGCCAACGAGGAGCCAGAGGACUUCGUGGCCUAUAACAAGCGCUUCCUGUCCCGGGUUUACCCUAGUCCCAUGCGCAUCGAUGCCAGCAACAUGAACCCCCAGGACUUCUGGAAGUGUGGCUGUCAGAUGGUGGCCAUGAACUAUCAGACACCAGGCCUCAUGAUGGACCUGAAUGCUGGUUGGUUCCGCCAGAAUGGAGGCUGUGGCUAUGUGCUCCGGCCAGCCAUCAUGCGCGAGGAGGUGUCCUAUUUCAGUGCAAACACCAGGGAUACCUUACCUGGCAUCUCAGCCCAACUGUUGCACCUCAAGAUCAUCAGUGGUCAAAAUCUGCCCAAACCCAAAGGCUCUGGAGCCAAAGGUGAUGUGGUGGAGCCGUAUGUCUGUGCUGAGAUGCAUGGUAUUCCUGCAGACUGUGCUGAAAAGCGCACCAAGACGGUGCUGCAGAGUGGGGACAACCCAGUUUUUGAGGAGACCCUGGAGUUCCAGGUGAACCUCCCUGAGCUGGCGAUCCUACGCUUCAUGGUGCUUGACGAUGACUACAUCGGUGAUGAGUUCAUUGCACAGUACACCAUCCCCUUUGAGUGCCUCCAGAUGGGUUACCGCCACGUGCCCCUCCAGUCCCUGGCAGGCGAGCCCCUCCCCAAUGCCACCUUGUUUGUGCAUGUGGCCAUCACCAACCGGAGGGGGGGAGGCAAAGCACAACGGCGGGGGCUUGCGGGGCGGAAGGGACGGCGUAUGCGGGAGUACACAUCCACUAAAGCCACAGGAAUCAAGGCCAUUGAUGAAGUGUUUCGCACCGCCACGCAGCCACUGCGCGAGGCCACAGACCUGCGGGAGAACAUGCAGAAUGCUCUGGUUUCCUUCAAGGAAUUGUGUGGCCUGACACCAGCAGCCAACAUCAAGCAGUGCAUCUUAAAGCUGGCCACGUGGCUACAGCCCAGUGAGAAGGAGAGCCCUCCAGCUGUCACUCUGAACCUGGGUGAAGAGUACCCCUCCAUGGAGGCGCAGGGCCCCGUCCCGGAACUCCUGAGGAAAGUGCUCGCAGCCUAUGACACUAUGAUCCAGACAAGCCGGACACUAAUAGAGUCUGCUGAUGCAGUUCAUGCCAAGAUUAUUCAGGUGCAACAAGCAGGAAUGGGUUUUCAUAAGGAGCUGCAUCGCCUGGAGGCAAAGGAGGGGCUGAAAGGGCGGAAGCUGCAGAAGGCCCUGGAGAGUUUUGCUUGGAACAUCACUGUCCUCAAGGGCCAGGCUGAUCUGCUCAAACACUCCAAAGCAGAAGCUCUAGAUACACUGUGGCAGAUCCACAACGCCGCCCAGUCUUGUGGCAUUGGGCAGAACGGAGCUGCCUCUCCGGACCUCUUCCGCAACCGAACUGUUCUUGAUCCCAUCCCUGAAACAGAAGGGCCGAGUGAUGUGGGAUCCUGCUGACUCAGGAUGGCUGAGACCAAAGGGGGGGGCAGCGCGAAAGGACUUGCGGUCACAACGUGGGCCCUGCAGAGAAGAUGAGAUGUGAUGAAUUUGAAACAGGAAAGUCACAUACAGAGCACAGUGUUGCUCCAUAGCUGGGACGCAAAGGAGGGCAUGGCACUCAAUUUCCACAUCUUUAUGUGUGUAAUAGCUAGGACUUCCAGAUUCCUGAUUUUGGAUGGUGGUAACAGAUUUUACUCUGCGAGGGUAGACUCUAGGAGGAAACUGCCCCUAGUGAGUCAAGCUAGAGACUCUCAUUCACUUCAGCCUGACAGUCUGUAGCAAGGAUUCUGGAAAGUUCACUUUUCAGUGGGUACAUUUCCAGAUCCUUCAUGGCUAUUCUUAGCUUGGCUGGGGAUUCUGGGAGCUGUAGUCUGGAAUAGUAAGUAGUUCUGCUGCUUACAGCAUGGUGUAACCAGCAGAAGCUGGAUACCUAAUUCCUUGGGCAUGCAAGGACUGACCUGACCUGGAAAAUGUUUACAGAAGUUUAGCAGGUUAUCAGCUGGCCGUCUGCUGGCGAAAUAUUAGGAGGCUUCACUAGUUAAACUCUUGUAGCUCCCUCCUCCCAACCAGAACCUAGUGGUGCCAUGGAGGCUGCAUCCUGCCAGGUGUUUCCCAGGAUUCUUGAUUCGAGAUGUACUGCAAAGGCAGGUCUGAAGAGCCGCUGCAUGGAAUAUCCUCCUGGCAGAGCUGCAACCAACAGUUUUGGUGCCUGGGGCUCCACUGACCUGUUGGUUAGACUUGGAUCCCUUGAGAUCCACAUACACAGAGGGUGGGUGGAGGAAUGGGGAGCAACGCCUGGGAUUGAAUGGGCAGCAGCCAUAGUAAUGCCACACGAAGCCUGCCUGGUUUGUGUGUACUCCUUCCUGUGGAACAGUAGCUGGAGGGGGUAGAAGUGCUCAGAGAAGGCAGAGCUGUGCCUUUCCAGCACACCACUUCUUCUUCUUCUUCUUCUUCUUCUUCUUCUUCUUCUUCUUCUUCUUCUUCUUCUUC